AUGCCAUAUCUCGAAAAUGGGAAUUCGUCCCUUUCUGCGCUUGAAAAUGAUAUAAAUGCAUUCGAGAAGCUCGUGCAUGACCUUAGCGCGGCUCUAGGCCCGAGCUCUGGCCUUGACUCUGAAGAUGUCGACCCAAUGAAUAUCCAGCUUCUGAUGGAGAAAUACGUCUCUCACUCGGAGGAGUGGAGCUCAUAUGCGCUGGGAGACGCUAGCAGAUCUUACACUCGGAACUUGAUCGAUGAGGGAAAUGGCAAAAGCAAUCUAAUCCUUAAGGGCAGACUUCAAGAAACUCUAUAUUCUUGGCCAGACAAAGAGAGGAUAGAGCAUGGAGAGAUGUCUCCACCACAGAUUACUCGGCAGACUAUUUACGAAGAGAACCAAGUAACCUAUAUGUCUGAUAAGCUUGGUCUACACAAAAUAUCCAACCCAGACCCAGAAGGCUUUGCCAUCUCUCUGCAUCGUGAGUUCAAGUUUUCAUAUCCACUUCUCAUACUUAUGGGACUCGAAGUUAUACUACAUAUUACGGUGCUCACAUAUCCAGUUUACACACCACCGAAUGCAGCCAAAGAAGGGUUCUGUCUCUUUGAUGAGAAAACUGGGAAAGCCAAACAUAUCAAACAAACUCACUUUUAUUCGGUUCGUGGCAAGCGCCUUGACUGGAGACAAGAGUGA